UGUUCUCUUCGUUUAAUCAACGAUGUAUUACAUUGCAUUUAAAUUAAAAGACGCUCUCUCUUUUACUGAUUCCUUUAAUGUUUUGUGCUAAUCUCAUUUUAUUUCUCCCUUUCUGUGUGACUCCGCCCAUCCACAUUCCUGUGUGUCUGGGCUGUGAAGAGGAGGAAAGAGAAAAGUAGAGGGGCUGCAGAAAGAGAGGGGAUGAUAAACAACAACACUUCUGUCUGACUGCUGCAACUUUCUCACACAUUUACCCCAAAGUUUAACCUAACGAGACGUGUUUCUAAUUUAUUUAUUUAUUUAUUUCACAAGUUGUCGGGACCUUUUUUCUUCGGCGGAGUUGGAGCUUUCGACUUGACUACAUUUGCUAACUAACCCCCGCUGCUGUUUUCACUGCUUUUUCACCCGCAAAAACACCACAAACCCCACAGAAGUGCAGAGGGAGUGUGUGUGGAGGAAACAUGGAGAUCCUGGAUAGUAGUGAGCCGUUCCUGCACUGGGACCGGAACCUGAGCGAGCUGUCGGAGGCCGGGGAGAUCGACUGUGGGCUCUACACCAAUCACUUCUCCGAGCUCCUGGACGAUCUCUCCCAGGAUGCUCUGCUGGGUCAGCUGCUCAGCGACCCCUUUCUCUCGGGGGUGAGAGGCGGAGGCGUGGAGGCCAUGGAGGGGGAGGACGGCAGCGACCUGUCCCCCUCCUCCCCCCUCCCCCCCCACAUCACAGCGGAGCACAGCUACUCGCUCUGCGGAGACAGCAGGCCUCAGUCCCCGCUGUCGCACCUGACCGGAGAGCAAGGCAGCGACGCAGAGUCUGAUGGAGAGUCAGCUGAUUGGCCCAUGGAGCAGGAGGACUCCAUCGACAGCCUCCUGUGCGAGACCCCCUCCCUGCUCCCCACCCUCUCCCUCUCUCUGGUCCCAGGUGAGGGGCCCCGGGCUCCUGAGAGCCCCGCUGUGGCCCCUGCUGUCCCCCCCUCCCCCCCAGCUCAGCCCAGAGUCAACAGCAGCCAGGGCAAAGCCUUCAAGAUUAAAGAGGAGAACAUCAUCCCGCAGAUUAAACUGGAGCCUCAUGAAGUCGACCAGUUUCUCAAUCUUUCACCCAAAGGUCUGGAGGUGCUGCAGAUGCCUCCCACUCCUCCCAGUUCCCACGGCAGUGACUCUGAGGGGAGUCAGAGUCCCGUCCACGCCCCGCCCGGCCUCUCCUGCCCCCCCUCCCCCUCCAGCCCCCCCCCAUCCCAGGCCAGCCACAAGGUGUCUCCCCGCGCCACCUCCUCCCUCUCCAACUCCCCUCUGCUCACCGCUGCUCAUAAGCUGCAGGGGUCCGGCCCGUUGAUGCUGACGGAGGAGGAGCGCCGUACGCUGGUGGCUGAAGGGUACCCCGUCCCCAACAAGCUGCCCCUCACCAAGGCCGAGGAGAAGGCCCUGAAGAAGAUCCGCAGGAAGAUCAAAAAUAAGAUUUCUGCUCAGGAGAGUCGCAGGAAGAAGAAAGAGUACAUGGACGCUCUGGAGAAGAAGGUGGAGACAUGCUCCAACGAAAACCACGAGCUGCGCAGAAAAGUGGAAAACCUGGAGUGUACCAACAAGUCUCUCUUGCAGCAGCUGCAGUCUCUGCAGGCGGUGGUCACCGGAAAAGUCCCUAAAUCCUGCAGGAUGGCCGGCACCCAGACAUCAUCAUGCCUAAUGGUGGUUGUUUUGUGUUUCUCUCUGUUUUUGGGGAGUUUUUACCCCAGCAGUAUGUCUCCCUGCUCCACCAUCACUGAAAUUGGCCUUGCCUCCAAACAGCUGGAUGUCAAAGAGUCUUACACAACCACAGUGAAGUCAAGGAAUCUGUUGUCCACCUUCGAGGACGAGCAGCCGCAUCUCCUCGGUCUCGGUGGGGAAUAUCCCAACCAAUGGGAGGAGGCGCCGGCUGUUGUCAUGGCAGCGUGGCGUCGCUCGGAGCAACAGAAAGUGGUGGAAGAGCCCAUCAUGGUGGAAACACUCGUACCACUGAGAAAUAAUAGCAAUGAAACGCAGACGUCUAAAAACGUGCUGCUGGACCUGCACAGGUCUUUGGAGAGCAGCAGCAGUAAAGUGAUAGAGUUGGAUCGGACGGUCAACGAGACCUCAUGAGAUUCAUGUCAACACCCCCACAUUAUCCCACCAUCACCCCCCCUGACCCUCAUGAUGACCUUUGACCCCCACCCCCUUCUAGACCUGGUUCAGUGUCCUGGAGCAAACCUCAUACAGUAGUUCCACUGUUGACUGUUCCAUCUCUGCUUAAUCAGACACACUGUAAUAGUAUUAAUUAAUCAUUUUUAUAAUAUUAAUAAUAAGGAGGCACUGGUUGCUUUAAUUUCUGAAGUAAAAAUGCACUGAAUAAUUUUUACGUGAGUCAAUCAUCAGUUGUCUUCAUUGACAUUCAAAUAGAAACAGUGAAUUCCAGUGGGAAGUAUUUUAAAUAUGACAUGUGAGGCUUUUUACAGGACACUGAGGGAGAGAACCUUUGUAUUUAUAGAAACCUUUUUUUGGUUUUUCAUAAAGUUAUUGCUCUUUGUAGUUCUUUUAAAUGUUUUAUUCCAUUCCAGUGAGCCCCCUUUUGAUAUUUUUGUUUAUGUUCAUAAUGUGUUUUUUUAUUUUUAUUUUAUUGUACUCUUUUAUAUAUUGUUAUAUAUUUUCUUCAGCUGACUUUACAUUUCAAAGAUCCAAGGCUUAACACGGGUUCCUGCACUCAUUUUAAAACGUUUUUAUUUUUUAAAACCUUAUAUGAAUCUGCAGCUCGAAUCUGUUGUUUUAUAUUGUGAAUACUGAGUGCAGAUUUCAAAUCCAGUUAAAUAAAAAGCUCAAAAUAUCUGUUGAGCAUCCCACAAUUUUACUUCUCCUCUAAGGAAUUGUUUGACAUUUGAGGAAAUAUUCUUGUGCCUUUUCGCCGAGAGUUAGAGAUUAUUAAGCGUAUUUCGCCGGAUGUCCAACUUUUAAAGAAAUGUGUGCUGGAACCACAGAAUGAACUUUCUUUGGCCUUAUUUCCUGCGAUCUUUUUGCCUUAAACACUUUCACUGUCAGCUAUUUAUCUGCUCUGAUCUCUCAGCAUUUGCCAAAAAAAACUUUCUUCCCAGAAAUGAAAAAAAAAAGUAUCUAUUUUUGUAAAUAUAAGUUGUUAAUAAAUAAGCAAGUCUAAAACUGUCUGGGAUGUGGAGUUUAUAAACCAAUCCAUAAUUUAUCCUGAGUCUUUUGGAUGCGAUGGUGAUAAAUGAUGAACAUAGCUUUGUCCUGACUUCUGUUUCUGGUUCAGUUUGUUUGUUACAGAUCAUGGCUUUAAAAGUCUUAUUUGUUCAUUUCAAGUUUAUUGCAAGUCGGGUUUUACAUUUCUCCUCUUUAUUUAAACAUGUUUUCUGAUGUGUGUUAAACCCAUUCCACUUUCUGUGCAUCCAAGUUGUAAAUACAUACAUCCCAUUUGUUAAAAACUCUUUAUCCAGUUUUGAAAGUAUAGCAAGAACAAACAUAAGAAAUUGUAUAUAACAAACUGAAGAUGAAAUCAACUGUAAAGACACAUAUACCAGUUCAAUUAAGAGACUAGAAAACACUUUCUAUAACCAUACUGUAAGUUUUGUACAUCAAUCAGUGGCUAGAUUGUCAAAGAUUUAUCCUUAAAUGUUUAUGUUGUUAGGCCAAAACUUGGACUUUAUUUUGAACAUUUCAAUGGAAAUUCCCUUCUAGUUUAGACUGAAACUAGCUGCAAGCGGAGAGGGAUUUUUCCAAAAUUAGAUUUAAAUUCCAUGUUGCUUCUGUGCAAAGCUCUUGUAUUUUGCUUUCAAAUGAAUAUAGUAUUUUUCCUUAGUAAAAGCAUAUUUUGCAAAAACCA